AUGCCAGACAUAAUAGUCCAGGAAAAACAUCAGGCCCAUUUAAAGACUCUGAGGGAAAGGAGAGAAGACCUCUUGGAAUUGAAACAGUCUGGAGAAAGGAAAACCCAGGAGUAUCUGGAUAUCAGAAAGACCCUGAGCAGGUGUGACAAGGGGGAGAUCCCACAGCCAGUGCCCAUUUCUUCUGAGCUGGAAAGGAGACUUCAGGAUUUCUGCCAGACAACCUGUGCGCUGACAGAGACUGGGAGGAAGUUCAAAGACACUCUGCCAUCUGUCCUGGAGAAGAGAAGUGGGGAUGUACCACAGCCAUACACCAAGGUGAUGGUGACUCUGGAUCCAGACACAGCUCAUCCCAAACUCAUCCUGUCUGCAGAUAAGAGAAGUGUGACACUGGGAGGCAGAAGGCAGGAUCUGCCUGACAAUCCUGAGAGAUUUGACUUUGAGUCCUUUGUGCUGGGCCAUGAAGAAUUAACGUGGGGGAGACACUACUGGGAGGUCGAGGUGGACAUGGAGGAGAGUGAUGGCUGGGCCCUGGGCAUUGCCAGAGAGACUGUAAGGAGGAAGGGAGAGAUCAACAUAAGCCCCAAGGAGGGGAUUUGGGGUGUGCUGCACUGGUGGGGGAAUCAAAUCCAGGCUCUCACUGCACCUACUUCCACCUGUGUGCACCUGCCCCAGGAGCCCAGCAGGGUGCGGGUCUGUCUGGACUAUGCAGAGGGGCUGGUGUCAUUUUUCAGUGCUAAUGCCGAGACCCCAAUCUUCACUUUCCCACCGGCCUCAUUCGCUGGGGACAGAAUCCGGCCCUGGUUCUGCCUCCGCCUCCAGCCUAUGCUAUGCUGCAAGUUUGAUUCAGGUCAACUCAGAAUGUGCCCCUGAGCCAGGCAUUAGAUGUUGCCCAGCAGAUGAUCACGUGGGUGUCUCUGGCUUUGUUCUAACUGGUCUCUCUGAGCGUGGAGGACUCCCCUCAACUCAGCCGUUUCUCCCUGUCUCGGACCUAGGUGAUCUCUCUCCUCUUACAACAAACCCAAGCUGUGUCUGUACACGCCAGCCCCUGCGCUGCUGCAGGGUCCCAAUGUGUAACAGGACUUGGGCUCCAGGGACAGCCAUGACAUGUCCUGAUGGCCACAUGGCUCCUUUUUUGCUCCAGCUCUAGGGUGCCCUCUCUUUUUUUCUCCUGUCACACCUUUGUUAGAAGAAUUGAUGUAGGAAAAGGGAAGCUGCUCCCAAGGGUCCUAGAGUGACCCCUGGUCUGGAUACCUGUUCACGGAUACUCUAUAAACCCCUAUGAUCUUACAACAUCCUUUAUAUUAAGUGGGCCCUCCUGACCUGUACGUGACUCCCAGAACACCAAAUGCCUUAUGGGAUGUUCACAACCUCCAACCUCCACUACAGGCUCACAGGUGUUACCUCUUAUUCAAUAGUGGGGACUCACCUCCAGUCUCUUUUGGUCUCUUAAACUUUUAUUGUUCUCUGCUACAUUUUAGGCUCAAGCCUCUUUACCUUUAUAAGUCUGUUCAGGCCCCUUAUGCCUGAUCACUCUUUGCAACUCUUGGGCUCAGGCUUCUUUGCCUUUAUCAACCUCCACCCCUCUUGUGCUUUAGUCUUGCCCCCUUAGGGCUGUGAUCUGACCUCUCUAAGGCUCUGGUCUUGCCCCUCUAAGGUGCUGGGCCCUGGCCCUGUCUCUGGCUUACUCUCUCUCUCUCUCGCCAUCUCUCCCGCUGGGCCUCUGGCCCUGGUUCUUGCCCUCUCAGGCUGCAGCAGCUUGUGUCCUAUCCCUGGCAGGCUCAUGCUUCAUGAGACCUCCAAACUUCCCCAAUUGGUCCAUAUCUGGUCCACUGUUGGUAGGCACCACAAAAGAAUAAGCCCACUGGCUAGAACAAAAACUCUAAGCACACUGGUAGAAUAACCAAAAUACCUCUCAUCCUGAGGCUUAGCUCCUUGGAAGCCUUCAGCCACUUACUCACAGUCCCCAUAGCCACAGGGUCUCAGUCAGCACCCCAAGCCACAGCCACACCCUGUUGGUGUGACAAGAGGCAGAAAGAGAAAGGAAGAGAGAAGAGGAUGACAACACUUACUUCAGGAUUCUCUCAAGAACUGAACUAUUAUGCGUUAUAAUUAUAGUUGACUUUCAUCCUGGCUUGUAUAGACUUAUAAUGUAAUAACAGGUAAUAUUAAUAAUAGGAGUCAAUAAUACUAUUAAUUCCAAUAGUAGUAUAUUACUAAGAGUGUGUAGUAAUAGUAAUGUUAAUGAUGAUUUAUUAAUGGUCAAUAAUAAUUGUAACAGUUCAAUUCCUUAUUACAGCAUUUCUAAACAGGUAGAUCUGCCUUAUCACCCUGCACAUGUCACACACAUCCUGGACCUCCACCACAUAUAUAUAACCAAUAUAUGAUAUAGACUUAUGUUAUAUAGACUUAUGUUCGCUUCCUUACGAUGAGAAAGCAGAUAGUGAGCAUAAGGCAGGUGAUUAUAAUCCCUCCCUGCCUCUUUCCCCAUGGCAGGGCGGUUGGGGGGGAAGGAAAUGCCCACCUCCUGGUUCAAGCUCCUCCCUCGGUCCCUCUAUUCCUGUACAGAAGAGAUAUAUACCCUUCUGCUUUACAUACUACCCUUACUGAACUUGUAUUACUUCCUCCUCCUGGUUGCUGGCUACAAGUACUGCUGAGGCUUCUCUUCUGUAUACUACUUGAAUUGUGGAGGCUUUCUUUGCAGGCUUUGGCGCAAGCAUCAGCUUGUGUAUGGUAAGAGUUGCACAAGUUCUGCAGAUCCAUUUCAUUUUAUUCUAUCCCUCCUCCCGGUUGCUGGCCCUGUUUGCUAAUGAGCAUAUUAUGGAAUUGUAAUUAGAGGAUUGUUGCUGUCCACAAAUACAGAAGCUUUUUUCUUGGUUGCUGGCCAAGACCUCUGGCAAAUUCCCUCCCAGGGUCCGGGUAGUAGGCCCAGGCCUGCGGGCUCUUUGCUCCACUUGCUCCCCUCUGCCGUACAUCUCUCUGUUGCACCCUUACAACUUUGGAAUUGUUGCUGGCCACAAAGGAAGCUGUACUCCUGAGCUAUAACCACUGAAGCUGAGGUUUCUUCGUUGGCUUUGGUUCAAGCAUCAGCUCGAUUUGUACAAGUUCUGCAGGCCCAUUUCAUAUAGUCUUCGUGCCCUCCUCCUGGUUACUGGCCAUGUCCCAGCAAAUUUGGACUGGGGUACAUGUCUUCUGACUGGGAAAAAGCUUCUUGCUGGGGAAAACCCUCCUUACCUCCUGCAUCAGCACGAGCUGGACAAGUUCUGCAGAUGCAUUUCAUUCAUCGCUGCAGCUGUGCUCGGGAGCUAUGACCACUGCAGUGGCAGACGGCUCAGGUGGGGCCUUCCACAAAGGAAGCUGAGGCUUGAGUUUCUUUUCUGAGUUGCGGGGGCUUUCUUCUUGGUUGCUGGCAACACCUCCAGGGUCUGGGUAGUAGGCUCUUCGCCCCACUUGUCCACCUCUGCCUUACACCUUGCAGAGGCUUUUUUCUUGGUUGCUGGCCAAGACCUCCAAGGCCAAGAGGUUGCUGGCCAAGACCUCCAAGGCCAAGAGGCUAGUGGGCCGAUUGGUGACUGAAACAGGGAAGGCACCUGGAAGCUGUUUCAAGUUAGAAGGCAGCAGUGCGGUGUUUCAGUUUGGUUUCUGUUUGCCUGUCUGCAAGUGGAAUCUUUGUCCUGUGUUUUUCUGUCUUAUGCAGUAAACCUAUUCUGAACUUAA